CCGGUCAACAAGAUGGCGGCGCCUCUCUGAAGCCUCUGGAGGGGCCGGAAUUACAACUGUGUUCAAGGGGGGGGGAAAAAUGUCAUCUCCCUUCUCUUCUCUCAGCAAGAUUCGUAGAAUGCCACUUCAGCUGCAGCCAACAGAGAAAAAGGCAGGACCACUCCCGAUAAAUAUCCAGAAUGAAGAUGAAGCUGCUAUGAUGGAUGAAAUUCUAGGGCCAGGAGCUCAAAUUCCAGUACAAAUUAAUUUGCCUUCUUGCUCAAAUGGAGCUACAGCACAAUCAACCACUUUUGGGAACGCUCCGACUGAUAUGGAGUUGAUGACUUCUAUGAUGCAGAAGAUUGCUUCUUUGGAGCAGAAAGUCAAGAGCCAAGCACAAGCCAUCCAAGAAAAGAAUAAGAAGAUCAGAGAACUUGAGGAGCAGAUCAAAACCCUUCAGAAGAGAACAGAAAAAGCGUCAUCAGGGGCAACCCGAGUUGAGGAACUGGAAAUGUUAUGCCUUCAGCUGCAACGUCAGGUCUGGGAAAUGGAGCGGUUUCUGAAUGACUAUGGAUUGAUCUGGGUCGGGGAAGACCCAGAUUCUCUGAGAGAUCGUGAGUCACCAGAGGAAGGAGAGAGUUUGACAUCAAGGACUUUUUGGAAACCAGGCGAAGCCAUCAUUUCUGAAACCCCAAUCAAUUUUGAUUUGAUUUUCAAAAAUCUGAAAGAUUUGAACCUGCUGGCUGGGGAAGGUGUGUCCCAAAUCAAACACACGACAGGUGGAGCUCGGUUGAAGCGCUUGGAUUCCGUUCCGAUCACCUUCUAUCAGAAUGGGAUUGUCAUGUUCAAUGGGCCUUUUCGGUCAUAUGAAGAUCCUUCCACUCAGCGUUGCCUGCGAGAUAUCAUGGAUGGCUUUUUCCCGUCUGAACUGCAAAGCCGUUACCCCAAUGGUGUCCCAUUUCAGGUCACCAACAAGACAGAUGUCUUCUUCCAGGAAAGGAAACGGCCAGGGUAUUUUCCUGGCUUUGGCCAGGCUGUUGGGCGUUCCAAACCAAGUGGCAUAAAGGAGACAAAUGAAAUCUCAGGUCCCAAGCUCACCAUGGAACAAUUUUUGAACAAACUUCCAAAGUCACUGGUUCGAGAUGGGCAAGUGAUAGAUAUCCGGGAAGAUCUUAAAAAGACCCUUCAGGGCCUGGAUGGAGCACAAAGCCACGAAGUAGUUUUGGUGGAGACGCCCAGCCUCACAGCACUGAGGAAGAGACUGGAAGGGAAGCAGAAGACAGAGGGGCCUGACGGCAACAUUUCAACUCUUCGGAUAAAGUCGGAGGAUGGAGAGAAGACAUACAUUGUCAAAAUGUCCUUCGCGGAGACUAUUGGAGACUUGCGACAACAUCUUGCUCAGAAUAGGGGCGAAGCGCUGGAGCCCUAUGAGAUCCUCACCACGUUUCCCCUUCGGGUAUAUAACGACAAUGCCGUGACCCUGGAGGAAUGUGGGCUGGUCCCCAACGCAUUCCUUCUGCUGAGGAAAAAACUCUCUCCCAGCAAAGCAGGCGGGGAAUAGCUGUAAUGGUUCACAGUAGAUGAUGCAUCGGAUUUUGGCUGCCAUUCAGCUAGGAUGUUGUGUGCCUUCUUCUCCUUCUCCAAGGUAACUGCUCGGAUACGAGCCAAAGGCCUUAACUGUAUGAAAGCAGACCCAGGGAGGAAACAAGUAAAACUUGUAGUUCCAGCUACACAGGUUAGAACUAGCCACUGUAUUCUGCCUGAUGCCCCACCCCUCCCUUGUCCCCCAAGUAAACAAGCCAGGGCAAACAUACUAAAGGAAUGUUGAAUGGCUUACAUAGAGAGCAGUGUUUCGUAAACAUUACACUGUGGACUUCAACUCCCAGAAUUCCCCAGCUUUAUGCAACACUUUUCUUUCCGAUCCUGACACAGGCAAAGACUUUAGCCCUUACUCGUCUCCUUCUACUCAGCCAGGAAGGAACUGAAAUAAAUUGGCCUUUAUUACCAUUCCUUUAGGAACGUUCAGUCUAUUUCCGCAAGAAAAACAGUUGGGCGGUCAGUGCCCAGCUGGCAACUUCUUGAACAUCUAUUUCCGCAAGAAAAACAGUUGGGCGGUCAGUGCCCAGCUGGCAACUUCUUGAACAUCUAUUUCCGCAAGAAAAACAGUUGGGCGGUCAGUGCCCAGCUGGCAACUUCUUGAGCAUCGUAAAGCUUUUGUAAAACACAAUACCCAUUUGGGGCAUCACCCCUGCCAGGCAAGAUAUGGCACCGUUUUCUUUGUACUCCCAACUGUUGUAAAUCCUAAGCAGGAAAAGCAGACAUUUCUGGAUCCUGUUCUACCCUAUAAGGACAUCCUGAAAAUCAUCAAAGGGGACCAGAGAGCUGAGGGAGAGCUUUGUCUCUGUGGGCAGAUUUAAAGUAUGGAGCAGACAAGUACCCGAAGCCAAGGAGAACCAGAGUGGUCCAGCUAUUUAUUUAUUUUUUCCCCUGGAACAGCUGCAAGUGCUAACUACGAGCUUUCCUCAGUUGUGUCUCUCUGGAUGUCACAAAUUUAGCUCCCAACUGCCCCCUACUCCAUUUCUUUUGGUUCUUCCAGUUAGGAGAUUAUGAGAAUCAACAUAUCUGAAUAGGAGUUGAGUGGGAGUGACCGAGUGCAAUAAUGCAACCAGUUCCGGGCAACUUCCUUCUCAUUGUUUGUCUUGUCCUUCAACAGAAAGCGUUUUAUGACUUACCUAACUAAGCCUUUUAUUACUCAUUGUAGCUAUUACUGUAGGUAAAAUGAGGUAUUCAGAUAGUUUGUUAAGUCCAAAAGUAAGCUUAUUUUUUACUGUUGUCCCUAGUUUUUUGCCCACUGGGUCCCAUUUUUUGAACAGGUUAAUUUCCCUAUCCUUUUAUAGAAUUCUUUAUUGGCCAAGUGUGAUUGGACACACAAAGAAUUUGUCCUUGGUGCCUAUGCUCUCAGUGUACAUAAAAAGCCAAGAUACAUUCAUGAAGAAUCAUAAGGUACAACACUUAAUGAUAGUCAUAGGGCACAAAUAAGCAAUUGGGAAACAAUCCAUCUCAAUAUAAAUCGUAAGGAUACAAGCAGCAAAGUUACAGUCAUGCAGUCAUAAGUGGGAGGAUAUGGGUGAUAGGAACGAUGAGAAAACUAAUAGUAAUAGUAAUGCAGCCUUAGUGAAUAGUUUGAGUGUUGAGGGAAUUAUGUUAUCUAUUUGGAUGAAGACUUGAAGCAUUAAGCAACGGGCAUCUUCUGGGUCUUUGUAGAGGUUCAGAAGAAGGCAGGCUAGAUUUCUUCAGCAUCCACGUCUUCUGCCAAUACCCAGUAUUUCCUCCCUUGGGGUUUGGACCAUCCAGAAUUAUAGCAGGGUAGGGAUUGAAUUAUGCAUUAGAAUUCCUCUCCUUGUAGCAGCAGUUCCUUUCAUGCAGAAAGCUACAUGAGCAAAUAGAAGGCUUUAAUAAUUAAAAACACAUUUUGCCAGCAACGGCAUCUAUAGUGGUAUGGUGUUAUAUAAGCCCAGGCACUGUGUGUGCAAGGCCUUUCUGACCAGGAGGAAUAUCUUAAAACAUUCCUCCUAAGCCUGCCACAAAGUUGCAGAUAUGUAUUCAUUACACAA